CCCCACUUCCGCCUUGUGCCGCUCCUUUUCCGGUGUCCGCCAUGUUGGGCCGCAUCUCGGUGUUCCCGUCCCCUCAGGAGCUCGGUUCGGCCUUAGCGCAGCUCAUCGUGCAACGAGCGGCCCAAAGCGGCGGCCGCUUCACGUUGGGUCUGUCCGGAGGGAGCUUGGUUGGACUCCUGGCUCGGGAGCUGCCAUCAGCCGCUUCUACCGGUACCGGAACCGGAGCGGGCCCGUGGUUUGUGGCCUUUUGCGACGAGCGGCUGGUUCCCCCCGAGCACCCGGAGAGCACGUUCGGGUCGUACCGGGACCGGCUGUUCCUGCGGCUCCCGGAGCCGAAACCGACGGUUCUGGGUGUCGAUACCGGGCUCAGUGCGGACGAGGCGGCCCGGGAUUAUGCGGAGAGACUGCGGGAGGCCUUCCAUGGUGAUGCUGUGCCCGUCUUCGAUCUGCUGCUCCUGGGUGUGGGGCCGGACGGCCAUACCUGCUCCCUAUUCCCCAACCACCCCCUGCUGCAGGAAAAAGAGAAAAUCGUGGCCGCCAUCACUGAUUCCCCGAAGCCGCCCCCGGAGCGCAUCACGUUGACCCUCCCGGUGUUGAACGCGGCGCGGACGGUGGUUUUCAUUGCCACUGGGGAGGGCAAAGCUGCAGUAAUAAAGCGCAUCUUGGAAGGCAAUGAGGACAACUCCCUCCCCGCCGCCCUUGUCCGGCCUCACACGGGGCAGCUCCUUUGGUUCCUGGACGAGGCAGCAGCCAAAGAGCUGACGGUGCCCUUUGAGAAGCAUUCCAUCCUUUAGGACCAAACCCUGGGCUGAUAUAUUGGGGUUAUCAGUGGCUGCAGCGCCCACCCGGAGCCUCCACGCGGUGCUGUGGGUCGAGGACUCCACGUGGGGCAGCAGCUGGUUAUGAGGAGCAAUGUGGUGCUUUGCUUGGAGCACAGAUGAGGUCAUUGGCUUCGGUUCGGUGCCGGGCUGUGAAGUGGGAGCAAUGUGAGGUGGUGGUCUCGUGUGUUGUGAAUGGGUGGCUGUGAUGUGUCGAGGAGCACGUAGUAUUAAACAUAGAGAUCUCAG